AUGCCCCAGCUUUUCGUCCCCAAUUCCGACCAAGAGGAUAAUUUCUCAUUUGAUCACACGCCAUCGUAUUUAUUCAGACUUUAUACACCAAAUUCGGCUGGCUCAACUGACAUCAACCAUGUCGCGUCGCCGGCCUGGGUUGAAGGCUCUUCGCAAAAAGAUGCUAAGGGCUUCGACUGCGACAUGGACCUUCUCCAGCUUCCUUCAGAUCAGGCCGCAAAAAGAUUAAGCGCACAUCUCGAAUGGGAAUGCCAAUACUGGAGUCCGUGUAAUCUCAUGUCUUGGUCCUCUUCUCUUCUGUUUCUCCUCCAAUAUGGCUUAUUUCGACAUACAACCGACUAUGAGAGACCUGCGUUAUCCGAUAUCCACUUGAUCAUGAUCGACACGCGCAACUUUCCCAGGCAAACCUUUCUUCGGGACCUUGAUGCCAUGAAUCAUUUCGAAGGGCAUUGCCCUGAGCUCGAUGCCCGCAGAAAAGGUCGACUUGGACACUGGUAUUUCGGGGAAUAUCUCACGCAGGGCAAUCUGGAUAUUCAUGGAAAGUGCAGUCAGGUGUCUAUACAGCAACUCAUCGACUGCAGACUUUUUGAGCUAUGCCCCGAUCUAAAUGAACCAAAUAACAACUGGGGAAAGUGGCCAAUGUCAGUGCGUAGCAUCCGGGGCCAAUUGAAGUUCUCAAAGGCCGUCAGUCAGAAGACACUUCGAAUUGCAAUGGCCAUGGCUCAAGUCGGAGUUACGGACCAGUUUGUUGUCCCAUUUUCGCUCAUGCUCUUAGCGCUACAUGGGACACAACCAGAUAAGCAUAUCGUUGUAGAUUCCUUUCGUGCGAUGUUUACUAAAACUGAACUAAGCUUGGGUGAUGUCAAAUACGACUUACGAUCUGGCCAGAUGGCAGAACUGGAUCUUUUUAAAGAACUGAUGGAGUCUGUCAUGACACGCCCGGACGGCGCAUUGGUGGAGAUUAAAGAGCGUAUGGAGAGGCUUUUGAACAACUGA